UCUGUUGUUAUUAUCUUGUCACUGCCUGUUCGACCAUUUCACUUUUGUUCUCUUUGGGGCGCUGAAUAUUUGAUAGUAAACUAUGAUAUUCGUAAUUGUAUCAUGAUUUUAACACCAUAAUAUCUGUCAAUCAUGUUGCAUCGAAAAAUGUUCCUUUUUAAGUUAGUCUCACGCAAUUUUUAUUCAGCACCUGUCGUGCAUAAAGAGCUAUGCAGUCUUCGUGAUAUUUUGCGGGCCUCCAAAUAUGCCACAAAAUCUACCUCAGGAGGGCCUGCCUCUUUUUUUUCAUCCUCCAGCGCUGGUGCCGAGACUGAUGAGGAAAAAAUUCCCACACUGCAAGAAAUUCGAUUGAAUUUGAUCGAAAAAAUGGGAAUAUCUCCUGGAUAUUCUCUCAUCCCUAAAGAAGAUAAGAGCCAGCUCUUAAAGUAUCUCCCUCAAUCCCAAGAUGAGAUUCCAGCAAGGGCAAUGCAGGAUAGCUUCCAAGCUGCUGUUAUACCCCUUAGUUCUGAUGUUCAACUGCAAGAGAAAUAUGUGACUUCCCUUGGAUUUGUGCGAAUUGGACGCUUGUUGGAAGAUUUAGAUUUGUUUGCUGUAUCUGUUGUGAUGAAACACUUAUACAAUCCCAAUGUUCCAGCUGAUAUUCCUUGCCCUUAUACUAUUGUAACACUUAUGGUUGAUGAAGUAUCUUUCACUGAUAUCACGCCUAAGCCGAAAAAAGACAUUAAGAUAUCCGGUCAAGUAACUUAUGUUGGAAAAAGCAGUGUAGAAGUCACAGUGUGGUUGGAACAAAAAAUAGAGGAAUCAUGGAAAAGAAUCACCAGAGCAAUUUUUGUAAUGGUGUGCCGUAACUCAAUACGCACUGGAUCAGCUUUAGUCAACAAAAUUGAACCGCAAGGUGAAAGGGAACUCAGAAUUUUCAAGAAUGGAGAAAGUCGUGCCAAGAAGCGGAGAUUAGAGGAAACGGAAUCCCUUAUUAAGAAAGUACCAACAGCAGAAGAACAAGCUCUUAUACACACUGCGUUUACCUCUACAUUAGAAGGCGAAGAUUUUUGUAUAGAUCGGCGAAAACUCCCUCUUGGCUCAGUCUGGAUGGAAGAUACCAGAGUGACUUCAACAAUUGUUUCACAUCCUGAGGACCGCAAUAUGCACAACACUGUAUUUGGUGGAUACCUCAUGCGUCUGGCUGUAGAACUUGCUUGGACCUGUGGUUAUAAAUUUUGUCAUGGCCGUCCAACAUGUCGAAAGAUCAGUCAUAUUUUGUUUAAGAACCCAGUGGAAGUUGGAUCUCUCUUGCAACUCCAAGCGCAGGUAAUAUACACAGAAAAAAAUCUGUUUCAAAUAUUGGUCGUCGCGGAGGUGUUGAAUCCAUUGACUGAAAAGACUAUAACAACAAAUACUUUCCAAUACACCUUUGAGGCGCCUAUGAUAAUAAAGACAGUUGUGCCAAUGUCAUAUCAUGAGGCAAUGAUCUACUUGCACGGACGAAGGGCUUUUAUGAAAUCUAUCGACUCUAUCGGCUCUCUCUCGCAGUAAGUUAUGCAUGUUUAUCAUAAAACUUCUUGUGAAGAAAUCCUAAUAAAUCAUUUAGGAUCCUUUCGCAUAUGGUUGAUGCUCUUUAAAGAUUGAAUAUGCUACAUACUUGCUUACAACUGCUGUUGUAACCAUUUAGAAGAUCGUUACAGUUUUUUGUAAUCAAUUCUUACUUCUCUAUUUUCUACAAUGUCAACACAAAUUUAAGGAAUAACUUACUAUCCCUUGAAAAAUUGAUGUACAAUAUCAAAGCUCACAAUGCCUCAUAACUUUUUCUCAAUUAAGAAUUCGUUUGUGAGAAAUAGAUUCUUCUACCUCACAGCAUGUGAUGGCCUUUUGUAGGUAAUCUAUGAUUUAUCUACUCUCAUACUUUUUUCUAUGUAAAUAUCUGAUAAUUCGUGAAACAUGAAGCUCUGUAUUGUCUAAAACAUCAAUUUAAUAUGUUGAAAAAAGCCAACACCUAUUUUUAAAUAAAUUAAGUUCUGGGGGAAUAUGUUUAGUUUUAGAACUGAACUUAAGAAAAAUAAAUUUGAAAACCUGUUAACAUUUCAAUUUCACCAAUUGGUUAAUUAUGCUAGUCACAAAAUUGCGUUUUGAUCGUUUAGCUUUAUAGGAAAGCAAAAAAUAAUGAGGUCAGUCCAAACACUUAGUUUCUGUGCCUAAUAUUAACCAAAAUAUGGACCUCCCAAAUAUGGUGUAUGAUUUAAGCCAUCACGAUAGUCCAUACCAUGGUUUCUUCCACUUUGGACUUCUCAAAACGUGAUACUUACAUUGAUUGCAGACGAACAAGACAGACGAAACCAAAGUGGAAGAAACCAUUGUAUGCACUACCAAGAUGGAUGAUGUCAUACGCCGUGUUUUAUGAAGGAUAAUAUGAUGCGAGGGAAUAUUGAUUGGGAUGUAAAAACUCGGUGUUCAGACUGAUCUUAUUCUUUUUUGCUGAUCCAUUAUCUGAAAUCAUCAAAACACAAUUCUGUGACUAGCGCAACCGGCUCAUUCACUUCUAAGUUUCUCUUUUACUGUAGAGCUUUGGUAAUUUUUUUUUUAAAUUUGUAUUUAUCAGAUCCAAGAUAUUGUGUGUUGGUAUUUUUUUGUGAAAUCCGUGUUUAUGUUGAAUAUUUCCCCCAUCAUUUUUUUGAUAUUUUUGGAAACUUUCCUUUGAACAGCUUAGUUGCCAAACUGCAACCAUGGCUAUUUUAAUAUCAUGCCUUUGCUAGAGAAACUGAAGGUCUGUGUAAAAUGAUUGUGGCUAUUCUAACCUCUGUAUGAAAUUCAAAACUUUAUUGUUGCAUUGUAUUAUGGUACUCCUUAGGAGCUUUUCAAAUCCUCUAAAUUAUUUUAGGUUUACAGUAUUUUAAAGAUUUGGUGGUUGAAAACCUGUUUUAGUCAUGUUUGGUUAUCUUAUUUUAUGGUUUUGUUGGACUUCAUUGAAUUUAAAAAAUUCAAGUAUGUUUUAGUACUGAAAUUUUAGCUUGAAGCUACUUAAUUAUUUUCUUUCUAGGGUGUAAUUGUGUAUUAUUAUUAGAUUGUCUACCGCUACAAUUAAUAUUAUUAGUGUUAUGUUAUGGUAUUAGCUUUGAUACUUGGUUUCCAGUGAAAGCAGAAUUGGCUGCAGGCACUGCUUCCAUGUAAAAUUAGUAACCCAUGUAGGAUUGUAAAAAAGAGAGAGUCAUUUACCAAAAUUUAACAACUAUUCACUAUGAAGCCAAAAAUAUCCCGGUGCUCCUCACUUUAAGGCAGACUUGUUAUAAACUAAGUAUUUUUUAAAUUUCAACGCUGAUAUGUCCUUAUAAAGGAGAAAAGUCCCACCCUUUUGAUUAAGUACUUAAAUACAUACUUCUUAUUCUUAAGUAUUCAGUUAUACAGUAUUGUAUCAUGAAAAGCGGUGUUAUUAACCGAAAAAUUCUCUUGAAGUUACACUGGUGAUUGUUUGAAAAUAUCAUUGAGAAAAGUUAGCAUGUGAGGAAUAAAGGUGACCAACUGACCAUGUGUUAUGUAUUUUAGGAUAAUUCGGUUGCUUUUGUCAAGGAUUGACACAUUAGUUAAAUGUAUUAUUUAAGAGUUUUUGCCGCGUGAAUUUUAUGUACUUGAACACUGAGCUUGAGAGUUGAUAAGGAUUCAUUUUCAAGGAUCUACUCUCAGAAUUUUGAAUUUGCAUUUCUUCCUAAACUCACUCAGUAUCAAGUUUUUCAAUUCAAAUUGAAUCCAAGGAAUUUUUUCAUUUACACUUGUGAAGUUUUAAACUUGGAGCAGGAUUGUUUUUCAUGAAAACUAGUCACCUUUUUCAAGUGACUGCUUUGUUUAAAUAUUUUCAUGUCUGAUGAGGGAUUUAUGCUCCCCUAAAUUUCUGUAUCAAUAACUACUGGCAAAGUCAUCAGAAAACAUUUUUCUCGUUUCAACCAAUGAUGUUUGAAAAAUUGAUUACAAAAGGUACACUAUCAAGGACCCUCGGAGUACCUUAAACUUAUGUUUUAUCAUCCUUUUCCAUAAUGAAGUUUUCGAACAGUAUUAUCCAAUCAUUUCUCAGGAAAAAGGAGUAUUACUGUACAUUAUUAUUUCUCCCGGUGUUUCAUUCUGCGGUGUUUUCGCAAAAAAAUUAGUCUUCCGUAACUUUUUUAUUUUCUGAAUUGUCAGCCUGUUGGUUUUUGUAACAUGCCCCCUCCCCCCUUCAGCUCAGUUCUUUUAUAUUGCUGUAAAAAUUCAAAAAUAACCUCAAAAAGCUCGUAUUUGAAGUAAAGGGAGGAGGAAUUAUAUCCUCUUAUUUUGUUUUUACUUUUUGUUUGAAAUAUGAAGAAAAUACAUAAUUACUUUAUAUAUUAUUUUAUUAUUAUUUUUUUUUCAAAGAAAAAACUUUCAUGUCCAUCCAAGUACUUGAAAUUUUGUCUGCUGUUUUCAACGUUAAUAUUUUUUUCGAAAUCAGACUGGACUAACGUGCAUAAUUUAAGCUUUCUCUUCCCCAGGAAUGUUAUGGUCAGCUGCUUUAAUUUACCAAGGUUUGAGUGCAUAUUGCAGCUUAAAAUAUAGGAAUCAUCUAGCAGCUUUCUACUUUAUUGUCCUCUUUAAAUUAAAUAUUACAAAAAUUGUGAUAAGUGAUUUUUUACGCAUUUGCUGCAUUUUUCUUCAAUUUGAACACAGUACUGAGCUUGUCUUUGUAUCAUGACAGAACUGAUGAACAUGCUUUUCUAAUUUUAUCAGUGAUAGGUUAAUAGUUAUGGAACAUUAUUCUAUCAUUGUCAUUUUUCGCAAAGGUCUAUUCGGUAGAUAGUUUUACUAAUGUAUGAUUUGCUGCAAUUGUGCCUUGAUUCAUAGUUGCAGAUUUGCAACAUUUUGUAGUUUCAGUGGGCAUGUAAUUAAAUUUUUCAAAAAUUUUCAGUUUACCUACCAUUUCAAACAAGUUAUAUUCCUAUUUUAGUUGUGUUAAAUAUAAAUUUUGCUUAUUUUUCUAACCAUUGUUAUUAGAAUUUUAUCAGAUAUGCCAUCAUUUAUAAUUAAUAAAUUAAUGUUAUUUUAUUUAUGCA